CUAGAUGAGCUUCGUCGACAACUCAAGGAACUCGUAGAGAAGGAUUGGAUCCGACCGAGUGUCUCUCCUUAUGGUUCUCCAGUUCUAUUCGUACCAAAAAAGGGGGGCACUCUAAGGAUGUGCAUUGACUAUAGGGGCCUCAAUGCCAUCACUGUCAAAAAUGGAGAGCCCCUACCACGCAUCGACGACUUGUUAGAUCGAGUGCAAGGGUGCCGGUACGUCAGUAAGAUAGAUAUGAAGUCUGGGUACCACCAGAUUGCUAUACGGCCUGAGGAUCAACACAAAACCGCAUUUCAGACCAGGUACGGUCUGUACGAGUUUGUGGUGAUGCCUUUCGGCCUUUGCAAUGCUCCUGGCACCUUUCAGCACGCGAUGAAUCGGAUCUUUCAUGACUACUGGGACAAGUUUGUCAUCGUGUACCUCGAUGACAUACUUAUCUUUAGUAGGACUGUCAAAGAGCACGUAGCUCAAUUGGACGAAGUCCUUAGUCUCCUUCGACAACAAAAGUUCAAGAUCAACGGUGAGAAGUGCGAGUUUGGCCGCACCCGUAUCUUGUACUUGGGUCAUGAGAUUUCUGCGGAGGGAUUGAAGCCCGAUGACGCGAAGGUGGCCAGCAUUCGUGACUGGCUGCGUCCUCAGUCUGUGACUGAGACGAGGUCUUUCUUAGGGAUGACCGGCUACUACCGCAAUUUUGUUAAGAACAAUAGCAUAGUGGCCGCUCCUUUGAAUGACCUGACCUGCCUUGACACCCCAUGGAAGUGGACAGACAGGUGCGAGGCUGCUUUCAGACAUCUGAAGCAUGCGUUGACGCAUCAUGAGGUCUUGAAACUUCCUGAUCCUGACAAGCCGUUUAUAGUAACCACGGAUGCCAGACAAUAUGGCAUUGGUGCCGUGCUAGCGCACCAAGAGGGGCCAAAGUUGAGGCCAGUCGAGUACAUGUCCAAAAAGAUGCCCUCUCAGAAGUUGGCUAAGUCCACCUAUGAGAAGGAGCUCUACGUGAUCUACAAGGCACUGACCCAUUGGAGACAUUAUCUCCUUGGGAGGUUCUUCAUCGUCAGGACUGAUCAUCAAACCCUGAAGUGGAUGAGAACUCAGCCUGUGCUCUCUGAUGCCUUGAAGCGCUGGAUCGAAGUCAUUGAACAGUAUGACUUCGAACCCCAGUAUCUGAAGGGGGAGUACAACAAAGUUGUUGAUGCCUUAUCAUGUAGGCCUAAUUUCUCUGGUGCACUGAUCACUGAGUUCGGGCUUGUGGACGAUGUCACUCGUUCUAUGGUGGAAGCCUAUCGCGAGGAUCCAUUUAUGUCUGAGAUCAUUCACAGACUCCAGGCGAAGGACAAAGUGACGUCUGCCGAGUUUGAGUUGGUCAACGGCUUGCAGUUCCUUGAGAAGGCUGGGAAUAAACGUUUGUGUGUAGGAGGAGUGGGAGGAGGUACAGGAGGAGGAGGAGAAUCGGGAGAAGGAGUGGGAGGAGGGGCAGGAGAAGGAGCGGGAGGAGAAGCGGGAGAAGGAGCGGGAGGAGGAACAGGGGGAAGAGCAGGAGAAGCAGUGGGAGAAAGAGGAGGAGUGGGAGGAGCAGCAGGAGGGGGAGCGGGAGAAGGAGAGGGAGGAGGAGCGGGGGGAGGAGCGGAAAAAGGAGCGGGAGCAGGAGAAAGAGCGGGAGGAGGACGAAGUUGAGGAAUGGGAGAAUUAGCGGGAGAAGGAGUGGGAGAAGGAGUGGGAGAAGGAGCGGGAGAAAGAGGAGGAGCGGGAGGAGCAGCGGGAGGAGGAGCAGGAGAAGGAGCGGGAGAAGGAGCGGGAGGGGAAACGGGAAGGGGCGGAGGAGGCAUGGGAGAAGGAGUGGGAGAAGGAGCGGGAGAAAGAGCGGGAGGAGGAAUGGCAGGGGAAACGGGGAGGGGGUUAGGAGUGGGAGAAGGAGCGCGAGGGGAAAUGGGAAGGGGCGGAGGAGGCACGGGAGGAGGACCAGGAGAAGGAGUAGGAGGAGGAGUGAGAGGAGGAGCGAGAGGGGAACGGGGAGGGGGUUAACGAACGCGCGGGAGGCGGGUAGGGAAAGCGCAGGGAGGGAAGGGAGGAAAGGGGUGGGGGGGGAAGGGGUGGACGGGACUCCCUCUCUCUCUCUCUCUCUCUCUCUCUCUCUCUCACACACACACACACACACACACACACACACACACCCAGUCGAUCAAUCAAUCAAUAAGUAAAUAAAUU